AUGGCAAAGAAAAAGAAAAGUUUUGGGAUCCUACAUGGCCGUAGCACCAUAACUGGUACGAAGCAUCGUCCAUCUAGCUUGAAGCCUCAAAAGACUAGAGAAUUGAUAAGAAGAUAUCAUGUUUUACAGAAGCUCAAGUUUUCAAUGAUUGCCAAAUUGAAACAAGAACUAAAACUUAAGGAAAUAGAUUCAGAAGAUUCAUUCGAAGUAGCUCUCAAAGCUUCAUCUUCGGAACUCUUCAAAACUUAUAAAAGAUCAUACGAUGAGUUCAAGGCUCUGAAGGUUGCCCGUAGUGAAGGGCCGUUAGCCGAUGCUAAAACAUUGGAUAUUGACCUGCUACUAUCUUGUUUAGGGAAAAUCAAUGCUGAGCUUGCUUUUAGAGGGGGAAUUGAUGCUUAUCAAGCAGCAUCAACACAUGGCCAAGACAAGAAACGAGGUGGAGACUCUUCAAAGAGGUUGAUAACCUGGCUACGAGAGUCUAAAUAUCAAAAAAUAUACGAACUUAACGAGCCCUUAAGUGCUUUAGAAAUAGGUUCAUUAGACCCAAGGAAUAACAUAUCAACAUGCGGCAUAUUUCAGAAGGUGGUUCGAAUUGAUCUACGAUCGAAUAACUCAUUGAUAUUAGAGCAGGACUUCAUGGAAAGACCUUUACCUAUCUCGAACGAAGAAAAAUUUAAUAUGAUCUCAUGUUCAUUAGUUAUUAACUUUGUUCCUUCUCCCACGGGAAGGGGCCUCAUGCUAAGAAGAAUAACUGAGUUUCUCAAGGAGCCAACUUCAACAGGCUUGUCUAGUUUAUUUUUAGUUCUACCUCUACCAUGCAUUGCCAAUUCAAGAUAUUUUGACAAGAACACACUAGAUAGUAUUAUGCAGGCUCUUGGUUUUACGCAGACUUUUUACUAUGAGGCAAAAAAGCUUUCUUACUGGCUUUAUGAUUGGGGCGGCAGCUCAAAAAUGAAGCAGAUCAAAAUUCAAAAGAAAAUUGUACAUCCAGGGGUCUCAAGAAAUAAUUUUUGUAUUGUUAUGGAGUGA